UGUUAAAAUUACUUAACCCACCCCGGCGAUCUCUCUCUCUCUCUCGCGCGCGCCCAAACCCUAGGCUCCUUGCGACUUUUCGUCUGCCGAUCGGAGCUUCGUUGACUCGUGGCCAUCGUCUUCAUCAUCCUGUGGCGCUCCGCCAGUCGUAAUGCAGCCACUCCGUCGUAGAUGUCAAGAACCAAAGUCUUUAACAGGGCAUCUGCAUUGUAUACACACAGAUUGCUGUCUCUCUACCGAGAUGCACCAAAUCAUUUAUGCAUCUGAUGGACCUGGUAAUAGCGGUUUUUGUCAUCAGAUACUCGGGAUCACAUUUUCUAAGUUCAAGAUCAUCAAUUAGAAUGAGAAAAUUCCAGUUUCAGUAUGAAAGUAUCUGCUUCAGAAUUUCAUUUAGAGCUCACCUAUUGAUAAGUGCUGGGUUCCUGCAAUUUUUAUUUUCCAUUUUUCUGGCACAGUAAUUAUUGCUUUCUGCAUGAAGUUGUUGCCAUUUUUUCUGGAACCACUUGGUAGUAGUUUAAAAGCUGUUGACAGACGGGAUUGUAUAAAGACAAUUGACUGAGUAUAUUAUCCAGACAAGACUAUAGGCUAAGUAUGAGAAUGAUGAAAUUUCCGAAGCGUUACUUGAUAGUCAUUUUAACCUUCAUCAGCACAUCUGUUUGCUACAUAGAACGUGUGGGCUUCUCUAUUGCAUAUACAGUUGCAGCUGAUGACGCCAAGGUAAGCCAAUCAACUAAAGGAAUGAUACUUUCUACGUUCUAUUGUGGAUAUGCCUGCUCACAGGUUCCUGGAGGAUGGGUAGCUCAGAAAAUUGGGGGAAGGAAGGUCCUCCUUAUUUCUUUUGUGUUGUGGUCAUCGACUUGUGCAUUAGUCCCAUUAGACCCUAGUAAAGUUGUGGUUUUAGUGAUUGCCCGCUUGCUUGUUGGUGUGGCACAAGGCUUCAUCUUCCCCUCCAUCCACACAGUUCUAGCACAGUGGGUUCCGCCCCAUGAAAGAUCUAGAUCCGUUUCUCUAACAAUGUCUGGGAUGUAUCUUGGCGCAGCUGCGGGAAUGCUUGUCCUUCCAAGCCUGGUGAAGUAUAGAGGGCCUCAAUCUGUAUUUCUUGUUGAGGCAGCAUUAGGUGCCAUGUGGUGCUUGCUUUGGUUCAAGUAUGCUAGUGACCCUCCUCGGUCUGAACAUCCGAAAGCCACCGCUGCUGGUUUUGGUGAGUCUUUGUUGCCACUCAAAGCAAACCAGAAAAUGAAAGUGGAGAAUGGUGGAUUGUCUGCCAGAACUCCCAGCAUCCCAUGGAAGAAGAUUUUACUUAGCUUGCCAGUUUGGGCUAUUGUUGUAAAUAAUUUCACUUUCCAUUAUGCCUUGUAUGUGUUGAUGAACUGGCUGCCAACAUACUUUGAGCAAGGCCUGCAGCUUAGCCUUCAGGACAUGGGAUCAUCUAAAAUGUUGCCAUAUUGUAACAUGGUUAUAUUUUCAAAUAUCGGGGGAGUGGUUGCUGACCACUUAAUCACCAAGAGAAUUUUGUCUGUGACUAAAAUCCGGAAGUUGUUGAAUACUGUUGGAUUCUUAGUUGCUGCUCUUGCGUUGAUGGCAAUUCCCAUUUUCAGAACUGCUGGUGGAGCCAUCUUCUGUUCUUCUGUGGCUCUUGGUUUCUUGGCAUUAGGAAGAGCUGGGUUUGCAGUAAACCACAUGGAUAUUGCUCCGAGAUAUGCUGGGAUUUUGAUGGGAGUUUCUAAUACUGCUGGCACAUUCGCUGGCAUCAUUGGGGUUGAUCUCACUGGUAGGCUUCUUGAAGCUGCAAGAAGUGCUAAUGCAGACCUUUCAAGUCCAGAAACCUGGAGAACAGUGUUUUACAUACCUGGGUUUCUCUGCAUCUUUAGUUCUUUGGUGUUUAUACUGUUUUCAACAGGGGAGAGAAUUUUUGAUUGAGUUUUCUUUGUUUCUUGUAACGGUCAGAUCCGGCCGUCGAGAUCCAUUUUAUAAAUUUCUGCUGAUGAGCCUUCUGAUGCUUGUUAAGCAUGCCAUUCUAUCCAAAGGAGUGUAUAUGAUGCAACUGCCAACGAAAGAAUUUGAAGGGUAGCUUAGCUGUAGGAUAGCUAUUGAAUAUAUUCUUUGAUGUGCCACUGCAAAGAAUCCGCAACCCAUGUACUUGUUAUAUUCAAUCAUGACGCCAUAAUCGAGCAGGUUCUCAUCUGGCUCAUGAAGCAAUGUAUCUUUGUGAUAAGUUAAGUUGUAACUGACUGAUUGCAUGAGAAAAUAAAAGGCUCCAGCAAUAGCUGCUGACCUUUACAACUGGAUGAUAUGAGGAUUUGUUGCUUA